AUGUCUGUCUCCAUUGAAACCACUGAGGUUCCCACUGCCCCCAACACCUCCCAGCCCGUUCUCUUGGGCCAGAAUGCCAGAAUGCCCGAGUUCAAUCUCGCCGGCAAGGUCGUCUGCGUCUCUGGUGCUGGCCGCGGUUCAGGUCUAACCCAGACUGAAGCCCUUCUGGAGGCUGGCGCCAAGGUCUACGCUCUUGAUCGUCUCGAGGAGCCUGCCCCCGAAUUUGCUAAGAUCCAACAGCGCGCAAAGGAGCUAGGCACCGAGUUGCACUAUCGCCGCAUCGACGUUCGUGACACUGAGCUCUUGAACAGCGUCAUCGAGGACAUUGCCAACACUGAGGGCCGCAUGGAUGGUCUCGUGGCCGCCGCUGGUAUCCAGCAGGAGACCCCGGCUUUGGAAUACACUGCCAAGGACAGCAACACCAUGUUUGAAGUGAACGUCACUGGAGUCUUCAUGACCGCGCAAGCCGUUGCCAAGCAGAUGAUUCGCUUCGGAAACGGUGGCAGCAUCGCCAUGAUCGCCAGUAUGAGCGGCACUAUUGCCAAUCGGGGUCUCAUCUGUCCCGCCUACAAUGCCAGUAAGGCCGCCGUCAUCCAGCUGGGUCGCAACCUCGCUAUGGAGUGGGGCCGAUACAACAUUCGUGUCAACACCAUCUCUCCUGGCUACAUCGUCACCUCCAUGGUUGAGAAGCUUUUCGUCGACUUCCCCGAGCGCCGCGACCAGUGGCCCAAGGAGAACAUGCUCGGCCGCUUGUCUCGUCCCGAGGAAUACCGCGGCGCAGCCGUGUUCUUGCUCAGCGACGCCAGCAGCUUCAUGACCGGCAGUGACCUGCGCAUGGACGGAGGUCAUGCCGCGUGGUAG